AUGUUCCAAGAGAUGGCAGAGUACACAUCCACUCUGAAAAUCUCUCCUGUACAGCUUGGAAUCGCGUACGAUGGAUGGGCCCCCAACAGUAAUAAAGCUGAAGCACAACGAGUGGCAGACUUGGCAAAACAGUACAAUGUUUCAGUUGUCAUGACGCACGCCGUUGGAGGUCAGUUUGGAUCAGACAACAGUCCAGAACAACUCCAAGAAUUCGAUCUUCUGGACAGCUCUAUUCCUGUCGUGUUUUCCCACGCGACCUAUCUUUCAGACAAGAGCGCCGAGCUUCUCCGAUCCAGCAACCAGUACAUUCCUAUAACGCCCGAGUCGGAAGCCUUCUAUGGCCUUGGACACUCUCACAGCUUUGACCACUUGGACCAGACAGCGUUAGGCGUCGACAUUCACCCUGCAAUAUUCCGCUGA